AUGAAGGAACUACUUUACUAUACUUAUAUCGAGACUGAGGUGACUGGUGCACUUUUGGUGUUUAGGGAAAAAACUCGAAACCUUGUUUUUGCCUCGUUAGGUAAUGAUAAGCCUUUCCUGUUAGCAAAAGUAGAAGCCUUCUUGAAAAAACACGAGAAACAGAAUACAAGGUACGAUUUGCAAGAGCUAAAAGACACAGAAAUAUAUAAGAAAUCAGUGGAAAAUUAUAAGAUAUGCCUAGGAAACAAAAUGCCAUUACCAACGGACGCUAUUCCCUUUGAGUUUCUGUUUGGAACAAAAUUUCAACGUAAGGUAUGGAAUGAGCUUUUAAACGUGGAACAUGGCCAUGUCGUCACAUAUGGUGAUAUUGCAAAGAGAAUAGGGAAGCCAACUGCUGCAAGAUCUGUCGGUAGGGCAUGUGGUUCAAAUAACCUGGCAUUGCUAGUACCUUGCCAUAGAAUCAUUGGCAGCAACAAAAAAUUGACCGGAUAUAAAUGGAGUUGUAAACUGAAAGAACAGUUAUUGAAUAAUGAAAAGGAGAAUAAGGUAAGCCUUAAUAAGGUGUAG